AUGUGGUUGUUCUCAUCAUCGAUUCCCGUAGUUAAUACACCACAUCAGGAGGACCAAAAUGUACGCUCAACACAGAGACAUUCAUUUUCACCACCGCCACUACCCGCUUUUCCUCCUUCAAGUAAUCAGGAUGAUUUGGCCGCAACAUCUCCAAUUUCGCAUUGCUUUCUCUCUGGAGCAAUUGGUGGUGUCAUUGGUGAUAGUGUAAUGCAUUCGUUGGAUACUGUCAAAACCAGGCAACAGGGAUCUUCGGCAGCAAAAUAUAAAAGAAAUCUUCCCAGUACUUAUGGGAAAAUCUUGCUGGAAGAGGGAUUAACAGGAGGUCUCUAUAGUGGCUAUAUGGCUGCGAUGUUGGGAUCCUUUCCUACUUCUGGGGUCUUCUUUGCCACUUACGAAUACUCAAAGAGGGUUUUAAUCAAUGACUUUAAUGUCAAUGAUACUGUAUCGCAUCUAUGUUCCGGAUUAUUAGGUGAUUUUGUUUCUAGUUUCAUAUACGUGCCUUCUGAAGUUUUGAAAACUAGACUGCAAUUACAAGGUAAAUACAACAAUGCGUUUUCGCAGUCAAACUAUAACUAUAAGAAUUUAAGUAAUGCCAUCCAUCAUAUCAUUAAAACUGAAGGUGCUCAGACGUUGUUCUUUGGUUAUAAAGCCACAUUAGCAAGAGAUCUGCCCUUUAGUGCGCUACAAUUGGCAUUCUAUGAAAAGUUUAGAAAAUGGGCGAUUUUAUUAGAAGAUACCAGGCACCUUUCUAUAGGUAAUGAAAUUUUGACCGGCGCUGCUGCUGGUGGCUUGGCAGGCAUGAUUACCACUCCGUUGGAUGUUGUCAAAACCAGAUUACAGACGCAAAAGCAAAAGCAUCAACAGCUUCGAAUACCGAGCUCGAGUAUUUUGUUAUCAAACUCUUUGACUAAUAGCAUGAAAGUGAUAUUUCAGAAUGAAGGUGUCCUAGGGCUUUUUAGUGGAGUGGGUCCGAGGUUUAUCUGGACAAGCGUACAGAGCAGUAUAAUGCUAUUGUUAUACCAAAUGACACUCAAAAAGCUGAAUCAAAUAAAUAUGGAUUCCUCAUCAGUACCAGCUUUUUGA